CCCGCCCACAUUGCGGUGUGGUUUCCUGGUGGUGGAACGCGAGACUCAAGCCAGCAAAAGCCGACGUCCUCCGAACGCUGUAAACAACAAAAAAGUUAACUUAACGGCGCGGACUCCACGACACUUCCAGCGAAAAGACAUGCAUAUCAAGACGGGUACAUGGGAAGCUAGCAACACCGUGUGCGAGUCCGAUUCCCUGUGCGACCCGGCAGUCCUCGUUUCAACCACCAACUCGGAGCCGCACAUUCGAAACCGACGCCUGUCCCCCGGCUCUGGUAACUGUGGUGGCGGCGGCGGCGGCGGCUGCAUCGCCGGUGGGGACCAACAGACGCGGCAGCUCUUGCCCGACGCCAACCACGCGCACACCUUCAGUUUCCGCCGGGAAAAGGAGCGCAAGGGCCAGCCGCACAAGGGCCGCGGUCUCCGCCGGGAGAUCCAGAAGGGGCUGAGCCGGCCCCCCAAGGCGCCGCAGAAAGAGAGGUGGGUGGAGGACAGUUUGUCACUGCUCAAGCCCCCGCCCGCCUUCCCGGUGCAGGACAGCCCCGCCAAGCUGCAGCCGGCCGUCAGCUACGCCUCCAAGGUCAAGGCCAAAACCGCCGGCGGCAUUCUGGAGGAGGACCGCCCCGCCAUCGGCGUUCUGCUACAGAACCAAUGGGGUCUCAGCUUCAUCAGCGAGACCAGGCCCGUGCCAGAGGGCUCCAACCAUCCCGCCGCCGACUCCCCCCCACACACGCCGGCGUCAGACGCCCUCGUCGCAGUGCCCGCUCCCGAAGAAACCCCCAGUCCCUUCGCUACCUCCGCCGCCCCGCCUUCACAUCCCGACGUGGACGUGAACAACGGGGAGCUGCUGCUUAGUUGUCGCCACCUCAUGGAGGCUUUGAACUUUCACAAUAGAGAAUGGAACGCAAUCUGCAACAAACAAAAAAAAGAUCCAACAAGGGUGGUGUGGUACAAGGACUUCCAGGAGCACCCAGCCUAGCAGACACAACAACCCAAAAAGCGUAUACAAACCCACGCACACACACUCUAACAGGCCUUCAUGCACAUUGAGAAAUAACGAUGGACAAUAGUUUGAGUCCCUUCACACACUCACACACACACACACACACACACACACACACACACACUCACACACACACACUCACUCAGGAUGAUGUCUUCAUGCAAAGCCACACUGAGACACUUUGGACUAAUAACUCCUUUGAGAUAUUUCUAUGUUUUUUUAAUGGCCUUAUAUAUAUAAAAAGAAGUCUGCCUUAAGUAAUCAGGCGGUUGUUCCAUCACCUUACCAAUUUUAGCAAGUAUGUGAGAGCGGGUCUUUUUUUUUUUUUUUCAAUAUAAAUCUUUAAGGAGCUUUACAUGAAUUUGUCCCCAACCCCUUUUUUUUUUUUUUUUUUGUGGAAACUGUCCCGUGCGACGCGAGUGGUCAAUCAAGCACUUUCUUAAAAGCUAAAUCUGUUGUGACCAAUCCCCCAUGUGAGAAACUCUUUUUUUUUUUUCUUCCCUGCUCGUUUUACUGUUAACGUCUUGGGUUUUGCAGAGGGGUGCGUUCAAAAGCACAGGAGAAUUUGCCCUUUAACUCUGUCAGAUCUUAAUGCUGUCGCUCCCUUUUUAUUUGUGUCGCCGGGUGAUUGUCGCUCACCAAAAACCAGAAGGGAGCUCCAUGUUCAACUUGGUUUUUUUUGAGAAAAACGUUUAAAAAUUUACACUGGAGGAGGAAUGUAAGUGAACAGUAUUGGUUAAUAAAAACAAAUAAACUUGA